UGCGUUAACAUGGGAGCACAUCGUUUUUACAGUUAGGCCAUACAGAAUUCACACAGACAUUGUUGUUGCUCCAAGGAAACGGAAAUUGCACGCCAAAAAAGCCAGUCGAAGCGAAACUCUUGACAAAGUUGAACGCGUUUUAUGUUUGUGGCCGUCGGAGUGCGUUUUGUCGUCGGUUGCGGUACAUUUUUGCGUUUUUUAGUUCUUUUCGUGUAGAAAAAGUCGCGUUCGCUCGUUCGCGUAGCCGUGUUAUAUACCGGUCGUGUGUGUGGCGUGCCGCAUUAGCCUAGGUACACACGUGCGUGUGCUUGUUAGCCACGCGUACAAAGUGGCGUCUAGACGUUACCCACGCUAAUGGAAAUUUUCGGCUGCUCUUGGGAUAUGUUACAAGAAAUUUGCAUGAAAAUUGUGGUGCUUUGUGUGGUUCUAAGCUAUAGUGUGUUCUACCUUUAAUUGUUGACAGCACCGUCUGUGUGAAAAAUAUUUCCGAAGGUGUAAAAGUAUAGUGGGCUAAAGUUUGUUGUGAAAUUUGUAUGUAAAUCCAAAAUAUAACAAAUAUAUAUGUAUAUGUAUGUACAUAUAUAUAUUUACAAAUAAUACUUUGUCGUUUGCUCAAAGUAAUCAAUAAAUUUGGUAAACUUCUUUGAUAAAUGUGCAAAACUUUGGACGGCAACUACAUUGGAAGCAAGCGGUGCUAGCGAGCAGUGAAAGUGACUCAUGUCGGGCUUACAACGAGUGCAGAUUAAUUCGUAGAACACUUUACACUGUAAGCUUUUCGGCAAAAAAAGCGAAAUUCAAGUCAGUGAAAUUUUGUACUGAACGCCUAGUAACAAGAAAAAUAUCGCGGAGCAUGGAGAUACAAUUAAUUACGCGUCAAAAAUGCUAAAAACGCGAACUUUUAUUUCAAAUAUUUAAACUAGAGCGGAAUAAAAAACAAAACCGAGUACCGUUGUAAGGAAAAAAAGUUGUGACAAGCAAAUUUAAGGAAAAGCUAAGAAAUUCUGAAAUUAUGGAAAUUAGUGUGGCGCAACAAAAACAUGAAAGCAUUGUGUAACGGCGCUUUAAAUAACGGAGCGGACAAACUUUGCGAAAUAAAACGGACAAAUUCACUAAACGCACACAACAACAAUUAGUGGUUAGUGAGAGAAAUAAAAAUUAACAUAACGUGCUGUUGCGGGCGAAAGUGUAGAAAAAACAACAAUAUUAACAACAACAACACACAUAUAAUAAUAAGUUGAUAAAAUAAGCGGCAGCAAAUUAAACAUAAACCGCUUAUGAAAAUAACGCCGCCACACUUGUGGCCAGCAGACUGGCUAGAAACAGAAGGAGAACAAGCAAGACUGCCGCGCAAGCAACUUGCAGCAGCAAAAACUGAAAACACAAAAACAAAUUUAGAAAAAAGCUUAAAUACCACAAAAAGUGGCGCAAAGUGAAAAAAUGCGUGCGAAAAACUUUGCCCCAAUGGAGAUGCGCUUACGCAGCGGUAAAAUAAAAAUUUGUACAAGAAAAUCAAUUUCAUAAACAACAACAACAAUAAGCGAAGCAUAAGCCAAGAAAAGCAAAAAAAAGGACGAAAAUAUGCUACCGACAACAAAAUAAGCAAAUAAUAGAGAAUCCACAACAAUAAAAACGAAAAGCAACAACAAAAGCGGCCAAAGUGUGGAUACAAAGUUGGCUAAGCUACUUGGCUGACGUGACAGCUAAUGGCAAUGGCCGCGCAACGCGCAAAUAAAUGGCUAAAAUUCUGUACGCGAACUGAGCAGUCACUUAAGCGCCGCCGCGCCUCGGCAGUCGACGAGACGAAAAAACGCGAGUCUAUCGAUUUUUGUGUGAGUCAAAGCAAGUGAACAAGUAAUUGAAUCAUUAGCAGUUUGUGGCUUAGGCAUUCACGUGCAACAUGGCGCAGUAAUCACAUAACAACUAUUCGAAGCGCUUUAGACUAAAAUAAGCUACUUGUGUUAAGCGUUUUGCAUACCACCCGCCCACCUUAAUGUACCAAUACACAAUCUAAUUAAAUUAAUUCGACAUUUGUGCAAAGUUCACGCUGAAAAUCGACGAACGAAUUGCUAUAGCAUACUUACUAGUUGCCAGUUAAAACGUUAUGCCGCUAGCGUGCCGUUAUUUUAAAUGUUACUGCAACCGUUCAAGCGAAAACUACGUGCAGGGCUGGAACAACUGCAACAGCAACAGAAACAACUGUGGUAGCCGUAACAAAAAUAUACGCAACAUUGACAUUGGCCUCGGACAGCGGGGACGGCAACUACAAAAAUAACAACAACAACAAAUAUAAUAACAAAAACAACAAAAGCAACAAAAAUCAAAACAACAACAGUAACGAAAAAAUAACAACAACAACAAAAACAAUCAUAAAAUCAGCAAAGAACAAUAACAACAACAACUAAACAAUCAACCUUUCGCAUUCGUUCAUGCCACAUUCAAUAUACAAAAACAAUUGGGUGGCAACCUUUUGCUGGACAACUAACUACAAAGUGUGCGCGCAUAAAAACGCCAAAUAGGGAAGGUGGCGCAAAAACAAAACACAAAAAAAAACUAAAGUUCAGCGAACAGUAAAUGCGGAAAGUCAAACGAAAACGGAAAAUAUCAUAAAAUGGCUACAAUAAAAAUUCGACAAUUGAAUUCAUUUAAAUUGCAACAGCAGCAGCAGGAGGAGUUGCCGAAAGCCAACUGCCGCGGCGCAUUCGCUUUGCUGUUUAGCCGUUGUUCGUAUUGCGCAACAAAUUAUUUGAAAAGUUAUUGCCGCAUUAAGCGUCAUGGUGUUAAUAAAAAUAAAACUUUAUGUUGGCUGACAUUGACUUUGAUUUUAUUGAGCUGCAGCAGUUGGCAUGGACGGCGCGGCGGACGUGGUAGCGGCGGUGCUUUCUGUUAUGCGCUCGAUAUCGGCAGCUGCAAGCAGCCGCUCGGCAUGGAAUCCGGUGCCAUCGCUGAUACGCAAAUUACCGCUAGCUCGGCGCACGACAUGGGCAAUGUGGGCCCACAACAUGCCAGACUGAAGGUGGAUAAUAAUGGCGGCGCUUGGUGCCCUAAGCAUAUGGUUUCGCGUGGUCUCAAGGAGUAUCUGCAAAUCGACUUGCUGCAAGUACAUGUCAUUACGGCGAUACGUACGCAGGGUCGCUUCGGCAAAGGGCAAGGUCAGGAGUAUACCGAAGCGUAUGUGCUCGAGUAUUGGCGGCCCGGUUUUGAGAAGUGGUUGCGCUGGAAAACGAUACAAGGCAAAGAGAUACUAACAGGCAAUAUAAAUACUUAUAGUGAAGUGGAAAACAUUUUACAGCCGAUCAUUUUCGCCUCGAAGGUGCGGAUCUAUCCAUAUAGCCAAUAUGAUCGUACUGUCUGCUUGCGCGCUGAAGUGGUCGGUUGUCUAUGGGAAGACGGCAUCGUUUCAUAUAGCAUACCCAAAGGCGUACAGCGUGGUAUGGAAAUCGAUCUAUCAGAUAAGACCUACGAUGGACACGAAGAAGGCGAUCGAUAUGCCAAUGGACUGGGACAAUUAGUCGAUGGCCAAAAGGGCAAGGAUAACUUUCGCACCGAUAUUCAUGGCUUUGGAAAAGGCUAUGAGUGGAUUGGCUGGCGUAAUGACACACCAAAUUUAUUGGGUCAUCCAGUCGAGAUUACGUUUGAGUUCGAAAGCGUACGCAAUUUUAGUGCAGUUAUAUUGCACACAAAUAAUAUGUUCUCCAAAGAUGUGCAGGUUUUUGUCCACGCAAAAGUCUUCUUCAGCAUUGGCGGCCGACAAUAUGCCGGUGAACCUGUACAAUUCUCCUACAUGCCAGAUACUAUUCUGGAUCAUGCACGUGAUGUGACAAUCAAACUUCAUCAUCGCCUUGGCAAAUAUUUACAGUUGCAUUUGUACUUCGCGGCACGUUGGAUAAUGCUCAGUGAAAUCACAUUUAUAUCGACACCUAUUGUUGGCAAUUUCACAGACGAAGAUUUCGCUGGUGGUACGAUGGCUGCGGGUGCAACACCGCAAGAUAAUGCCGAGUAUCCGUUUCAGCGUGAUGAAGUGGAGCGCGUCAUUAACGGAAAAUUUGGUGAGCGCAGUCAACCGCAAACACCAUUGGUGAUUUCACCCAAACCCAUAGACCAUCCAGAACCGGAGAACAGUUUGAUUGGCUUCAUUUUCGCCGUAUUGGUGGCCAUCAUAUUGGUGCUCGUUGUGGUCAUACUCUUAAUCGUCAUACGUAAUAAACGCGGUCGUGGCGGCAAUGUGCUCGAUGCAUUCCAACAUAACUUCAACCCGGAUACGCUUGGUGGCGCCGACAAACGGCUCAAUUGCAAUGGCAUGAAGGCCGUCACUAUGGACAAUGACACGGAGUCGAUUGACAAGAGCAGCCUCUACCAUGAACCGUUCAAUGUGAAUAUGUACACGAGUGCAGCGAGCGGUUGCUCCAUGAAUGACAUGCAACGGCAACAUGUCACACCGGACUACACAGACGUCCCGGACAUUGUCUGCCAGGAGUACGCCGUACCACAUAUGCAGGACCUACUGCCGACGAGCACACAAAAAUCCAAUUCCUUGUACGGCGCCAGCAUGGGCGCUGGUGGCGGCAGUAGCAGCAACUAUAGCACCAGUGCACGCAACACACUCAACAGCAUGUUUCAAUCGAAACUGUCGACCGCUAGUCAAAAAUUACAACAACUACAACAUCAACAUUCAUAUCAGUCACAACUGACGCCACCACCACCACCGCCGCCGGCACCCACCACGGCCACAGCCAGCACACACUGCCCGCCACCAAUACCGCCCCUACCGCCAUUAUUGGGCAACGCUAGCAGUAAUGAGAAAUACUAUGCAACCACAGCGAUUUGCAAAGCAAAUGCCGCCACAAAUGCCUCGCAUGGCAUUGGCGGUGGUGCGGUCGGUGGUGUGGGCACAAAUGCUGGUGCUUGCAAUACAUUACCCAAUGGCAGCAUUGGUGGUGGCAGCGGCAGUCUCGCCUCUACAACGGCCAGUCUGGCAUCGAGCUCGACAACGCCAACGGGCGGCGGUUAUGGUUAUGCGAGUUCUGCCGCUACUUUGGCUGCUGUUAAACCGCAUCAUUACAAUCUGGACAUGAGUGGAAAUGGCCUGGCUGGCCACGCCAUCGUCGAUGUUAACGAAGAGCUGGCUAAUUUUCAAGUGCAAGAGUUUCCGCGACAAUCGUUGGUGAUAGUGGAGAAAUUGGGCUGUGGCGUUUUCGGUGAGCUACACUUGUGCGAAACGAAGGGGAUGAGCGCCAAUUUGGUAGCAGUCGCCACACUCCGACCCGGCGCGCCCGAUCAUAUGCGUAAAGAGUUUCGCAACAAGGCGAAACAGCUCGCCCGCCUCAACGAUCCGAAUGUGGCGCAUUUACUUGGCGCCUGUCUGCGUGACGAGCCCAUUUGCAUGGUGUUCGAUUACUCGGAAUGUCUGGGUGACUUAAAUCAAUUUCUGCAGGAGCAUGUAGCCGAAACGACGCAUAGUCUACAAGCGGGUAUUAUGACGAAUAAGAGCUUAAGUUAUGGCAGCUUGGUGUACAUAGCUACGCAAAUUGCAUCGGGCAUGAAGCAUUUGGAGCAAAUGAAUUUCGUGCAUCGCGAUCUGGCAACAAGAAGUUGCAUUAUUGGCCCGGAAUUGACAAUAAAAGUCUGCUCCAUUGGCACUGUGAUAAAUCGCAUCGCUUACGCGGCCGACUACUGUCAGCUGGAGGGUACUUCCGGACGUCAAACGCAGCCGAUGCCCAUACGUUGGAUGGCCUGGGAGAGUGUACUGCUGGGCAAAUUCACAUCGAAAUCGGAUGUUUGGUCCUUUGCAGUAACGCUUUGGGAGAUAUUAACUUUUGCACGCGAACAACCCUACGAACAUUUAUCGGAUGAGAAGGUGAUCGAGAAUAUCGGACAUAUCUAUGCGGAUGAUAAGUUGCAUGAACUACUGCCGAUGCCACUAAAUUGUCCGCGUGAAAUUUACGAUUUAAUGUGCGAGUGCUGGCAGCGCAACGAAUCGAGUCGACCGAAUUUCCGUGAGAUUCAUCUAUUUCUACAGCGUAAAAAUUUGGGCUUCAAGCCCAACAACACAAUGCAUUACUAAAGUGGUGUUGUGUUCAAAAAACACAAAAAACCAACGAUUUAUAAAACUGCUAGUGAACUUUCUAAAGUAAAAACGAAAAAAACAUGUAAAAAAUUGUCUGCAUAAAAUCACAAUGAUUGGCGCCGCCUGCAUGGCCGUGAAUACUUAGUAUUUGAAUUAAAGAUUAUAAAUUUAAUUUAUAAGUAAAGCAAAACUCGGCGAAUUUAACACUUAAAGGCAUAGUAGUAUGUAGCAAGAGCUACAGUGUGUGUGAAAAAAACGCAAACCUUUUGUUUAAUCACUAGAUAAGUAACUAAAUAAGUAGGUGCAUAAUUUAUAUAUAAUAAUAUAUAUAUAAUUUAUAAACAAACUUGUAUUUAUAGUUAUGUAAUUAAUUAUUUUACGCUCAGCAGCUGAUAUUCAUUGAAGAGACGAAUAACGAUUACGAGGUUAUGUAAAGUUUUCUUUUAUUUUUUUUUUAUGAAUUUCGUUUUUGUCUGAAAAAGGUUUACACUUACUUGCAGAAAACUAAAAUGUGUGCCAUAUUUUCAUAAGGAUUCAAAGAAACUUGAUUUGGCUCUGGAAUAAAUAUUUACUUCAAUCCAAAAAGCUAUACGUUUGAGUAAAAAAAAUUAAAAAAAAAAAAACAAAUUUCACAAUCUACUAGGCUUCUAUCCAAAAGUAAAUCAAACUUGUUUUCAUCGAUAAUAAGGGGGCGCAUUCCGAAGGACCAUUUAUCGAGAGCGCAACAUGCUUAUUGUAGAGGCAAGUCAGUAGAUACUGCCCCGCAUACCAUCGUGUCAUGUUUUGAGGAAGCCAUUAAGGUUAAGGAAUUCGCUGUUGGGACCUUCUUUGAUAUAGAUAAAGCUUGCAAUAAAGUAUUGCCGGAAGCAGUCGUAACUGCUCUGGAGGAUUUUCGGGUUGAAUCCACACAUUUUCAGUCUUCUGUAUGACAGAGUGAUUGAAACGAAGGAGGAAACGCACGUGCUCGACGAAAUGUGAAUAGGCGGAGUUCUCUCUCCUCUUCUUUGGAUCUUGGUUGUUAACGACUUGUCUAAAAAACUUAAAAAUCGUGGCUGCAGGAUGAUUGCCUAUAUAUACGAUCUCGCCAGCAACCCAAAUGAAACGAAGAUGGGGUUUUUCACUAAAAGAUACAAGAUACCGGCAUUACCGUUGCCGGAAAUGGGAGACAUCCGUCUGCAACCAGAGGAUACAAUGAAAUAUCUUGGGCUGACCCUGGAUAGGAAGCUUUCAUGGAAGCCGAAUAUCGAAGAGAGAGCAAAAAGGCAUCGAUUGCCUUGUACUACUGUAGAGGAGCCAUUGGCAAAAGGUGGGGUCUCUCACCAAAAGUUUCCUCUGGCUCUACGACACCAUAGUCAAGCCCAUUAUGUUCUAUGGAAUCUUUAUGUAGUGGAGGCUCUAUAAAAGACCACAUUUGCAAACAAACAUGAGAGCGUUCUACCGGCGGCACUCAUCAGCAUGUAUGGUGCACUAAGGUCCACUCCAACCAUGACACUUAACGCCAUAUUGCACAUAUUGUUUGUGGAUAUCGCCGGAAGGUGUAUGACUGUGAAAGUUGCUGUCAGACUCAAAGAAUUUGGGUAUUUAAUUGAACACAUGCUUGAACACUCGGAAAUUCUCGUACACUUUGACUUCCAACCGAAUAACUUGAAUCAUGGAAUCACCAAACCGAACUCUGGCGGCUCCUACUCUACCCAUAUUCCGGCGAGGGAGUUGUGGAUAAGAAGAAGCCAUUGGAGGAGAGGGGCAGUGAGCUCUCUACGGAUGGGUCAAAGCUUGGAGGAAAGGUUGGUGGAGGGGUUUAGUAUCAGGAGCUCUCUAUCAACUCCAAUUUCAGACUUCCUGACUAUUGCAGUGUCUUCCAGGGCGAGGUUACAACCAUUAAGGUAGCAGUUAAGUUACAGCUCCGGAAUGCAGCCUCCUUCAGAAAAGUGACCAUCCACUCAGAUAGCAAAGCGAUACUAGCCUUGAACUCAUUAACAGUGGUGCUCCCGUAUCCCCUAGGGUUCUACUAUUAGAUAGCUGAGCUGCGCGGAAGCUUGGCCAGCGCUGGACCACCAUCGGUAUAUGCUCUGUCACAAAAGCCUUUUGGCCCAAGAUCCAUUGCAAGAGAUCUUGUGAUCUUUUUGCCCUCAUUACGGCUAGCCUCUCCUUUGAACAUAUGGAAUGGCAGAUACCGCAGACGAUGGAACGAUGAGCUGUACGAAUUCUACGAUGACAUUGACAAACUUCAGCGAAUAAAAAGACAGCGGCAAGGCCAUGUCAUCCAAAUGGACGAAAGCACUCUAGUUUUGAAGAUGUUCGAUGCGGUAACCGCUGGUGGAAGCAUAGGAAGGAUAAAGCCUUCACUCUGUUGGAAAGAUCAGAUGGAGAGCCACGUGGUGUUUCCAACUGACGAAAGAACAAAGAAAUUGCGCGCUAUUAUUGGUUCGGCUAGAAUCGCAUAAGCAGUGCCUACGCCAAUGUAGCAGUAAAUCGAUGUUCGUCCAGUCGCUGAAUAUUAGUUUUUCACACAUUUCCGAACCAUUGAGUAAUGGGUCUAUAGUUCUUUUCUUAUUUUUCUUUUAUUUAAUUUAUAGAAAAUUUUAUGAUAUUUUUAGUGGGUCAGUAAAAAAUUAAUUUUUAUUUGCGAUUAUGUUAUUAUUCCAUAGAAUUGUAUAAUAUUACCUAAAUAUAGGAUGGAAUAUUAUUUUCGUUGGUUCGAUGAAUAUUAGUUUUAGCGUAAAAAACCUUAAUAUAUAAUAUGUUGGUUGGCAAGUUGAUAGGUGUAAGCCAAUAUCUGCAAGUAAUUUUAAAUGAAAAUAGAGUUAGGAACUUGUAAAUUUCUCUCAAAUGGCCAUUUUGAGGCCUCAAAGCGAAUACACAUCACUAGCAUUUCUAGCAUAUAGUUUUAGGGGCUAAGAUUAAUACUAAUUAGUACUAGAGUGUUUAUGUAUAUACCGAAAACUAAUACGAAAGCGAUGUAAUCUUAGCUGUAAGUUGGAAUUUCUGUAUGUAGGUAUAUGGAAAAUAAGACAUAUUUUUUACGAAGGCUUUAGUUCAAAAAAUUUGUAAACUGCUAAAAAUUAUUAAAAGUACAGAUAUUGAUUUUUUAAGUAGACAAAA